CUGGUUUUCGUCAACAAACUCACCAGGACCUUCCGUCUACAGCAUUCCAGGACAGCCUUGAGUUACCACAAUCCACCAUUCAUCAAGAGGACAACAAACAAACUUCUCAAUCAUACUGAACAUCAAUCAACAAUGUCCUCUAACGAGACAUUCGGACUCAGCGAAAGUGAAGUGAGAGUUGCACUCUGCGCUCUCAAGGUCAUUCUCGCCAAUACAGCCCCGAAGGUCGAGAAGGAUCAUCUCGCCAAACUCACUGGCCACAAUAAUGCCGACUCCGCCAUUCGCGUGUGGAACAUGGCGAAAGCCAAACUCAUGAAGGAUUCCCCUUCCGAGCCUGGCACCUCCCCCAAGAGCGCUGACACCCCGACCAAGAGCGCCAAGAAGACCGCGGCCAAGACGCGCGCCCCGACUCCCAAGAAGCGUGGCAAGGAGGAGUUUGAGGGCGAGGAGUCUGGAGAUGAGCAGGUUGAGAAGCCGGCCAAGAAGCGCGCCAGAAAGGCGGCCCCCAAGGACGCUGAUGUGGACGUGAAGGGCGAGGUCUAG